CCAUGGUUCCAUGCGGGAGGUGACUCGGCAGGCGGACGAUCCCGUCCCGAUCCCUCUUCCCUGCACUCUGGCGCCAUGUCCGCCUGCGAGUUCGAAUCCCUGGAGAGGAGUCUGGAGGCUCACCUGCCCGAGGCCGAGCUGAAGGAGGUGAAGCGCAUUCUGUUCGGGAAGGAAACUCGCCAGCUGGAUCUUCCACCAUGUGCUGCGGCAGCAGCGUCAGAGCGCAACUUCGAGCUGAAAGGCUACAAGUUCGACGCUGCUGUGGAGCAGCUCCGGCCUCCCAGGAGGGUCCGUGUGGGUCUCAUCCAGAACCACAUAGUGCUGCCCACCGACCGCCCCGUCCUGGACCAGGUGGCCGCCAUGCACGGCCGCAUCGCUGAGAUGGUGGAGGUGGCCGCCAUGUGUGGCGUCAACAUCGUCUGCUUCCAGGAGACCUGGACCAUGCCCUUCGCCUUCUGCACCCGAGAGAAGGAGCCCUGGACGGAGUUCGCCGAGUCAGCAGAAGAAGGGAGCACCACCCGCUUCUGUCAGGAGCUGGCUAGAAAAUACAACAUGGUGAUAGUCUCGCCGAUUCUGGAGCGAGAGGCGCUUCAUGACACCCUGUGGAACACCGCCGUGGUCAUCUCCAACUCUGGUCACGUGCUGGGCAAGAGCCGGAAGAACCACAUCCCCAGGGUGGGGGACUUUAAUGAGUCCACCUACUACAUGGAGGGCGACACCGGACACGCCGUCUUCCAGACGCAGUUCGGAAAGAUCGCCAUCAACAUCUGCUACGGUCGCCAUCAUCCGCUCAACUGGUUCAUGUACAGCAUGAACGGCGCCGAAAUCAUCUUCAACCCCUCCGCCACGGUUGGGUCCCUCAGCGAACCCAUGUGGCCGAUAGAAGCACGGAACGCAGCGAUCGCCAACCACUGUUUCACCUGCGCCAUCAACCGCGUGGGGACGGAGCGGUUUGAAAGUGAGUUCACCUCUGGUGAUGGAAAAAAAGCGCACCAUGAUUUCGGACACUUCUAUGGAUCCAGUUAUGUCGCCGGACCCGACGGGAGUCGCACCCCGGGUCUCUCCAGAACCCGUGAUGGACUCCUGGUGGUGGACUUGGACCUCAACCUAAACCGACAGAUCAGCGAUAAGUGGAGUUUUAAGAUGACUGGGAGAUACCAGGAGUACGCGGAGGAACUGACCCGGGCCGUUGGCCAGGACUUCAAACCCAACGUGAUCAAAGAAUAGAGGCUUGUUUUUGGGCAGUUCACUGUGUCAGUCUGUCGGGAAUUAAAACAGCUUUUGUUCUUCUUAA